AUGCCUACAGACGAUAGCGCCAACGCAGAGAUACUCUUCUUUGCUGCUCUGACAGACUUUACCAAGUCAAAGUCCUGUCAGCUUUACCUGCCUCCUCUCGAUGGUGAUGCAAAUCGAGGAGUGCCCAUCAGCCAGCUCAAAAGCCUGCUUCUCCAACAACAAGCUGCACUGCUAGACAACGAUCAGGCUCGCGCUGUGCUCGAGACAUGUGCAGUAGCUGUCAAUCUCGAGUACAUUGACUGGGAUGACUCAACUUUUAUUGUCAAGCCUGGUGACGAAGUCGCUUUAAUACCUCCAGUCUCGGGGGGUUGA